UAAAAUGGAUCUGCACCUAUUUCAGGUAAUUUUCCAGGUACUGUACCUCCUGCCCCUUUCCAUGGAUGAAGAACCUCAGCGCUCCAGAGAGGCAUGGUGUCCAACCAGGGUCCCUCAGGCCCAGGGAGUGUCCCCAACCACCUGUACCCAGACGUAGGUUUUACCAUACGGCGUCGGGCGCGAUGACUCUGAAUGGCGGCGGCAGCGGAGCGGGCGGGAACCGCGGCGGGGGCCGGGAGCGCGAGCGCCGUCGGGGCAGCACACCCUGGGGCCCGGCGCCCCCGCUGCACCGCCGAAGCAUGCCGGUGGACGAGCGGGACCUGCAGGCGGCGCUGGCUCCGGGCGCUCUGGCAGCGGCCGGGACCGGGACCGGGGCCCAGGGUGCGACGCUCGAAUGGCACGAGGGCUCCUCCGAGUCGCUCAGCUCAGGGGGCAGUGACUCAGACGAGAGCGUCUACAAGGUGCUGCUGCUGGGGGCGCCUGGCGUGGGCAAGAGCGCUCUGGCGCGAAUCUUCGGUGGUGUAGAGGAUGGGCCUGAAGCAGAGGCCGCAGGGCACACAUAUGAUCGGUCCAUCACAGUGGAUGGAGAGGAGGCAUCACUCAUGGUCUAUGACAUCUGGGAGCAGGAUAGUGGCCGCUGGCUACCUGGUCAUUGCAUGGCUAUGGGCGAUGCGUACGUCAUCGUGUACUCAGUGACAGAUAAGGAAAGCUUCGAGAAGGCCUCAGAGCUGCGAGUCCAGCUGCGGCGGGCACGGCAGACGGACGACGUGCCCAUUAUCCUAGUGGGCAACAAGAGCGACCUGGUGCGCUCUCGAGAGGUCUCCUUGGAUGAGGGCCGGGCGUGUGCCGUGGUCUUCGACUGCAAGUUUAUUGAGACCUCAGCAGCGCUGCACCACAAUGUCCAGGCCCUGUUUGAGGGUGUCGUGCGCCAGAUACGCCUGCGCAGGGACAGCAAAGAGGCCAAUGCACGUCGACAGGCGGGUACCCGGCGGCGAGAGAGCCUUGGCAAGAAGGCAAAGCGUUUCUUGGGCCGCAUUGUAGCACGCAACAGCCGCAAGAUGGCCUUUCGUGCCAAGUCCAAGUCCUGCCACGAUCUCUCCGUGCUCUAGACUCCACAGGCACAUACUGUGUUGUGCAUACACGUGGGUGGAUUGGUGGGCUGGCCCAGCCAACUGCCCUAGGUGCCUCAGGGCUGGCUCGGACUCUGGGCAUACCCCACCUCAUGGUCACGGACAGACAGACAGUGCUGCCCAGGGAGGCAGCUCCCAGUGACCAUCAAGGGCUGGGCCCACAGCAAUGUGUGUACAGGGCAGUGUGUGUCUCAAGCAGCAGCCUGAGCCCAGCCCGUGGGGCAGGCCUCUGUGUGAGGAAAGGACUCUAUCUUUCUCCACACUUGGGGUUUGCAUGCUCUGGAGGGAGGCUGUUCAGUGCAGUGGUUAUUUGUUUACAUGCAAAUUUUUGUAAUAAAGACUAUUUCCUGAUA